GCCUCCUUUUCACAAGUGGUACGUCCAAAGUCAGAAUGGCGUUCAGAUUGUCAGUAUGCCGCAUUAAAGGCUUGUUUGAUAGUCGUCAAAUAAAUGGCUUGAAUUUAUUGUUUAAAAACUGGGAUUGCUGGAGAUGCCAGCUUGGAGCAAAAAGACAUUUGCUUUCAGAUGAUGUGGUACGGUUACAAGAGUUUCAGCAAAGAAAAAUAGCUGUAAUUCACCAGCUAGCUGGAGACAAAGGUCAGUACUUUCAAACCAUAGAGCAAAAGCUGCAAAGAAAUAACCUCAUAUUAAAAGAUGAAUUAAAACUAUUAUUACAUUUGUGCCAAACACCUGCUGACGUUGAAGUUGCCAAAAAAGCUGUUUACAGGUAUCACGAAGAAAACAAGAAUUUUGGUUUUGGUGAAUUUAAAUUUGGACCUCUGUUUAUGAGAUUGUGCUAUGAGUUGGGGUUGGAAGAAACAGCUACUCAGAUGCUUAAAGAUCAGGCACUAAAAGGAUUCUUUUUGGAUUCAACUUCCUUCAACAUUGUGAUGGAUAUGUUGUUUAUAAAAGGAUAUUAUGACAGUGCAUUGGAGAUUUUGAUACACAUGAAGAAUCAGGGAGUAGCUUUUAGCAAAGACACCUAUACUCUGGGAUUAGCUGUAUGCUAUAAAUUGAACACAAAUGAAUCAUGCCAAAUCUGUACCUCCCUCAUAGAGGAAACACAGUUAAAAGGAAAAUCUAUCUCUCGGCAUGCUUAUUGCUUUGCUGUGGCCCUUGCUUUAAAACUGGGAAAUGUGGAACAGGCCCGUUCCAUUUAUUUGCAAAUAAUGAAUACAAACAACAAUAUAUGCUUGAAUCUUAAUGUUUUUCUGAUGAGCCUCUCUGGAGAACUAAAUGAUGUUCUGUCUGUUCUGCAGUCAUCCUUAGUUGAUAAUGACUCAAAGUUUGUUAAAAGGCCACAGUUUUGCCAAGAGGUGCUUUUUAAAGCCAGAGAGAAUAUCUCAAGCAGCCCACAUCUGGAGUGCCAGUUUGAGGACAUUUUUGAUAAGCUGAGUGCUGCUGGUCAAAUCACAAAUAAGACUCUGGAUGAAAUGCUCUGCCAUACACCGUAUGCCAAUAAUAAACACACCUCGUUGUUUAAUCAGAGGAGUACCAGCAGAAGGACAUUAAGACCACUGCAGUCAACACUACUAAGUUCUAGAGCCAGCGGGACUUUUCCUGUGCAAAGCUCCAGCCAAGAUCAGCAAAAGGCUGCAAUCAGGAUUCAAUCCACCGACCCUCCGGAUGUGUGACCCUCCCUGCUGUCCAUUCAUAAAGACCGGAUGAUUGACAAAAUUACCAUCUCUGAUGUCACUUCCCAUGUGUGUCCACCUGGACCCGCCUCUUCCUGCCUGACCUGCACUUAACCAGAAAUGUUACUAUCUUGGAGCAGUCACUCUUGAGAAUCGCAUAUGUGAAGAUCUUUCUUUCUUUCUUUCUU